UCCCUCCCUCCUCCUCCUCCGCCCGCCUGCCCGCCCUCACACACGCGGCUCGGAGCUGGGCCGGGCCCUGCUCUCUCUCCGCUCCUCCUCCCGCUCUCCCCGCGGCGCCCGGCCCGGCCUCCCGCUCCCGCGUGCGGUGUUUCAGGGAUUUCGGUGUGCCACGCAGCAGGUCUCAGGAGCCAUCUAUACGCCUUGUCCCCGCUGGUGCUUUACAGCCAGGGCUCUGUACGUUUAAGAAGAUACAGGAAGGAUAUUGGAAUGCUGGUGAAUUACUUCUCUCGGAUACAAUUACCUUACUUUUAAAAGAAGGAUUUUAUUUGAGGACAAACUGAAAUCUGCUUCCUGCUUGAAGGCCUUGAUGUUUGGGUUGUGCUGACAGAAACGUGGUAGCUGAGUUUGCCAGUGAAGAGUCUGCCCCACCAGUGGUGCACCGUCCUUGGAGUGAAGGGGCUAUGUACUGAUACUGCUUUGAAGCAGACAAGGAAGUAAGCCAUCCUUGCUUCUCAGGGCUUUCUAUCUUAACGCUGUGCCUUAAACAUGGAAGCUGUAGAAAUGAACAGCGUAUCCUUGAAACGUCCUCAUUCGGAGGAUGAUGCGGCUGAUGCGGAUGAAAAUAAGAUCUCAGAGAACUCUAAGAUAGGAAGCAACUCUGAGCAGAGUGUUCAGACUGUGACGGAACAACCUGACAAACCUCUGCUUGAGGAUGCAAAGAAUGAAAUCAUUCCCAGCGAGGAUGGCGAUGAGCAGGAGGAUGAGGAACUAGAGGACAGCGAUGAAGAUGGAGACCCAGAGAGCUUUGCAGACAUGAUGAAGCAUGGACUGACAGAAAGCGAUGUUGGCAUAACUAAAUUUGUUAGCUGUCAUAAAGGAUUUUCUGGAAUCUUAAAAGAGAGGUAUUCGGACUUCGUUGUUCACGAAAUAGGCAAAGAUGGACGUGUGAGCCACUUGGAUGACUUCACCGUCCCAGUGGAUGAUGAGGAUCCAUCGGAAGAAACAUUCACUGUUUUGUCAGAUGAAGACAAGCAGCGUUUAGAGGAACUCCAGCUUCUUAAGAAUAAGGAAACUAGUGUGGCCAUAGAGGUCAUUGAAGACACUAAAGAAAAAAGAACAGUUAUCCACCAAGCUGUUAAGUCCUUGUUUCCUGGGCUGGAGACUAAAACAGAAGAUCGAGAUGGAAAAAAAUACAUUAUUGCCUAUCAUGCUGCUGGAAAAAAAGCACUGGCAAAGGUCAGAACUGCAACAGAUCCAAGAAAACACUCUUGGCCAAAAUCCAGGGGAAGCUACUGCCAUUUUGUACUGUACAAGGAGAACAAGGACACCAUGGAUGCCAUUAAUGUCCUGUCAAAAUUUUUAAGAGUGAAGCCAAACAUAUUUUCUUACAUGGGAACUAAAGAUAAAAGGGCUAUAACAGUUCAAGAAAUUGCUGUUCUUAGAAUCACUGCACAAAGACUUGCUCAUUUGAAUAAAUGCCUGAUGAACUUUAAAUUAGGAAAUUUCAGUUAUAAGAAUCAUCCACUGAAAUUAGGAGAACUGCAAGGGAACCAUUUCACUGUUGUUCUCAGAAAUAUAACAGGAACUGAUGACCAGAUAGAGCAAGCAAUGAACUCACUCAGGGAAAUUGGAUUCAUUAAUUACUAUGGAAUGCAAAGAUUUGGAACCACGGCUGUUCCUACAUAUCAAAUUGGCAGAGCUAUUCUACAGAACAACUGGAAUGAAGUAAUGGAUUUGAUACUAAAACCUCGACCAGGAGCUGAGAAGGGAUACUUAGUAAAAUGCAGAGAAGAAUGGGCAAAGACAAAAGAUCCAGCAGCAGCUCUCAAAAAACUACCUGUAAAAAGGUGCGUGGAAGGACAGCUUCUACGCGGACUGUUAAAGUAUGGAAUGAAGAACAUAAUCUCUGCAUUUGGCAUAAUACCAAGGAAUAAUCGUUUAAUGUAUAUUCAUAGCUACCAGAGUUAUGUGUGGAAUAAUAUGGUGAGCAAGAGGAUAGAAGAAUAUGGGCUUAAAGCUGUACCAGGAGAUCUCAUACUUAAAGGAGCCACAGCUGUACACAUUGAAGAAGGAGACGUUCACAACUACACCAUUCAUGAUGUAGUGAUGCCAUUACCUGGAUUUGAUGUUAUUUAUCCAAAGCAUAAAAUUGGAGAAGCCUACAAGGAAAUGCUAGCAGCUGACAAUCUUGACAUCAACAACAUGAGGCAUAAAAUCAGAGACUAUUCACUUUCUGGAGCAUACAGAAAGAUUAUCAUUCGACCUCAGAAUGUCAGUUGGGAAGUCGUCGCAUAUGAUGAUCCUAGAAUCCCAUUAUUUACUACGGACUUGGAUAAGCUGGAAGGAAAACCUUUACCAGUUCUUCCUACAGAUGGUAAAUUCCGGGCACUGAAGAUGGAGUUCUCCCUUCCGCCAUCCACUUACGCCACUAUGGCGAUCCGAGAAGUUCUGAAGAUGGACACAAGCAUUAAAAACCAAACGCAGCUGAACACUACCUGGUUACGCUGAGUGAACUGCUGGCACGGCCUAGAUUUUAACAUGUACAAAGUGUUUUCCUACUUACGUUCUGUACAAAUCUUUGAAGGGUGGCAGUGAGAGAUUUGUAUUUUUUAAGUUUUUAUUAGUGCAAGCAGUUAAAUUAAGUAGUUAUUAGCAAGAUGCCGGUUGUAAUGUAAUACGGGCCUUAGUGACUGGUGCUUUGUAACGAAUGGACCAUGAGGUCGCUUGAGCUGUGUUGCUGCAUCUCUGAGAAGCAGGCUUAUGGCUUCUGACCUGGGCACAUGUUCGUCUCGCUCUGUUUCAGCGAGCAGUGAAUGUUUUUAUCAGUUCAGCACACCUUGAGAUCUCUAUAUUAAAGUACAGCAUUAGGAAAAUUAGAGCUGAGUGAAGGUACUGAUGGCUGUUUGCUUCCAAGAAGCUGCUGCGGUCAGCCGGGCUGGCUGUGUGCUGCCACAGGGCACAGCUGUUUUAAUUAAACACGAGCUUCUUCCGGGGAAAAUGUGUGCAUUUUCAGCUUCACCAAGACAAGGUACUGGGAAUAGUUAACCAAACACAACGGUGUGUCAGUCCGUAGCGCCUCGCUCUGUCCCUGGCUGAGCCAGCCUGCUGCUGGGAGGCAGAACGAAGCUGCAUUUUAAACGAUUCUAAACCAAAUAGGGAAUUCGUGCUGCUUGUGUGAAUAAAACGCCGUGAACGGAA